AUGAUGCUCAAUAUGAUGUUUACCCCCAAAUACUCCAAACAGACAUAUCUGACACAGAACCUGUUUGCCGACGGGAAGGGAGGAGCUCAGCAGAGUGCAGUACGAGGGGCAAACCAGAACAAGCAGACCAAGAAGCUGCUUGUCUGCAUUUGGUGUGGGAGAAACUUCCGGUGGCCCUCUCACCUUGCCCGACAUUAUCAAGUUGAGUGUUACAGAAAUAAAGGAGGUAGACGGUGCCGGAAACAGCUAGAAGUGAACGAUCAAAGUUCGGCGUCCUCUGAACCAGCACCCCUUGAAGCUGAAGAGAUCACUGCAGACACUGGUGAAAGCUCGCACGAGGGGUCAACACCCAUAACAGAUCAGACAGCCAACGCUGAGAACCUGUACAUUUGUGAACAGUGUGGGCUGGAUUUUCAGCGGUCUUCUGAUCUUGAUCAACAUCAGCUCGUUCACUCUAGGAGGAAAACAGUAAGACAUAGUGUGUGCCAACUGGAAGCAUGCUGCCCACGCCCCCCAGUGCCUGCCCUCUGGCAUGAUGAGAAAGGGGUUGUCUGUGACCCAUGCGGGACCAUUAGACCAAACCAAGACCCAGCGAAUGAAGACAAGCGGAGUCCACGGGCACCUGUCUCUUUACCACCAAAGGCGGAGACUAUGUAUGUAGACACAUCGGGCCGGAAAUCAGAACUAAUGACAGACCAGAUCACCCAUGCCAAGGAUCUAUCACUCUGUGAACAGUGUGGGAAGGGCUUCCGAUAUCCCUCUGUGCUUGCCCGGCACCAGCGGGUACAUUUUGCCAAAGAAAAAGCUAGACAGCAUCAAUGCCACUCAAAGGGAAUGAGACCAAAUCCUCGGAAAGCUAGCCCUACACCCCUGCAAAUGGAUGGGGCAUUUGGAAAUUCCCACAAAAGUUUCAGGCAAAAUUCCCAGUUGGUGCCUGGCCAAACAACCUCUGUCAAGAAGCCUCACAUUUGUGGUCAGUGUGGGAAGGGCUUCCGCUACCCUUCUGAUCUUGCCCGGCAUGAACCCACUCAUUCUAGGAGAAAAAAAGAUACCAAGAUGAGCCCGCCCGGCAGUCUAAGAACAACAGAGCAGAAGUCUAAGCUCCCAACCUCCUACCUCUGCGACGAGUGUGGGCAGCAGUUCCAGUUUCUUUCCGACUUCACCGAGCAUGUGUAUACCCACUCUGUGAAGAGACCCUAUAGCUGUGCCAUUUGUGGGUGCCAGUUUAAGCGCUAUGUGCAGCUGAAGAAACAUGAAAAAUGGCAUGAGAUGAUGAAGGACGAAGACGAGAAGACAUACCAAGGUGUAUAUGAGGAAGAUGUCCCUACAGAGAACGCUCCCAAAAAGCAGCUGCGGUACUAUUCCCCGAUGGCGUCUGCAGCGCACAACAAACCUUUUGGCAGUUUGGGAGGUUGUGAAUGUGGCGUAUGCCAUAAAGAAACGAGCAGCAGAUCUGAGCUGCGUCCCCCGAACAGUGUGUGGGAAAUAGGAGUCAACGGGCUCCCCAGUCUUUUAUCACUCCCACAGACUUGUGAGUGUGGAUACUGUGAAAGCUUUGGGGACAGUACUUCUCAUGCGCAUCUCACCAACGUGCCUCCCCUCAGUACAGGCAUCGCAGCCAGGUGUGAGUUGGCAUCGGCUCAGCGUUCCUGCGAGAGUGUCCCUGACAGGGCCGCUGUCCGGAGCUCCUCAGAGGGAGCCCACAAGAAUGUGGCUUCCACGUGGAGGAAAAAGGUCGCAGAAGACAAGCCUUUUGCUUGCCCUGUGUGCCCCAAGAGCUUCAGCCAACCUUCAUACCUGGCUAAGCACCUGGAUGUCCACUCAACAGGGAAGCCUUACCAGUGUGCCACCUGUAAGAAGCGCUUUGCCCGGCGCUCGUAUCUCUUCAAACACCGGCGGGUGCACACCGUGAACCUGACGCACGAAUGCCCAGAGUGUGGCAGCUACUUCACUCAAGUUUCCUACCUGCGCAAGCACAUGGACAUGCACAGGCGCAAGCGUAUGCACAAGCACAGAAGGUAG